AAGAGGCGUUUCCAAGCCGUAUUUCCGUGUGCUGUUACAUCCGUGAAUUUCAGUCUGGUUGCUCAAGUAACUCCUAUUUAUAAGUACCUGGACGUGACAUUAAUUACAAUAUAUGACAUUUGAACCAUUACUUGUUUAUUGAAAAAUGGGUUAUUGAUAACGUGUGCUCUGUGGGAGAAUCAUUACUGAUAAAUGCAAUUGAAUAGAAAUAACGUAACUGUCUUUAUAUAAUUAGAAGCAACAGAGAGGAAAUUAUCUCAAAUUGGUCUUGUCAUAUACACACAAAAGUAAAGAAGAUGGCCCCUGAGGUCCAGGCAGUGGUACAUUCUACCCAAGCCUGGCUGCGCUCCUCCUGGCACGUUCAGGUGCCCUUUGCCUGGCUGGAGGCCUGCGUGGAGUGGCUGCAGGAGGAGGCUGGAGGAGCAGGUCGUCUGUCACAGCAGCAAAUCAAUCAGCAGGCGCUGGACCAGUGGCUGCUGACAGACCUGAGGGACCUGGGCCACCCGGUCCUCCCGGAGAGUCUCUCCCAGGCCCAGAAGACCGAACUCAGCGGCACCUUCUGUGUCCAGGUUGACUCAUUACUGGACAUCGGUCAGCCUGCGUACGGUCAGCUGCAGAAGUGGAAGGGCUCAGAUGUUGCCAACGACGACGUGUCUGCUGUCACACAGGCCACCCAGAGGCCCUGGGAAGCCAGGCCAACACGCAUGCUACUGUUGCAGGUGACUGAUGGAGUGCAGAGCUUGGAGGCAAUGGAGUAUCAGUCCAUCCCUGCACUCAGCACAGCUCUCAGACCUGGUGUGAAGCUGCAGCUGCAGGGGAAGAUGGUUUGCAGACUUGGGAUGCUUCUGUUGGGGCCGUCCAACAUAAAGGUCCUGGGUGGGGAAGUAGAGGACCUGGUGGAGAGGAAUACACAGGGCAAGGUGCUGUGUCGGACGCUGAGAGUUCCUGAGGAGCAGCAGCAGGAGCCAGCACCACAACAAGGUAUAUUCAAUUAA